UUGAGAAGGCAGAGAUUAAGCUAUUCUGUUUGGUGACAGUUGUAUUUUUGUCACCACUCGUUUCAUGUCGUCAGCGGGGUCCCAGUUUAACGGGCAGGCGGGUGCACACUAAGCAGUUUGAACUCCCCUUUUUUAAACUUUCUCUGCGGAGAAAGCCUUCGGCGUUACAACUAAAAGGGCUUUAACACAAAAAGAUGCGACUUUUGGUGUCGGAGUCCCUGUGAUGAGAGCUGUUUCCAAGAGAUGAAGUGGCUGAUGAGAAGCAUUUUUGUGGAACUGCUUUUGUAAUACGCGACUGAAUGUCUUUCUUGGUGGUGGUGCGGCACAUUUCGCGUCUUCUCUGAUAGCCUGCUUUUACCGGAGAUGUAAAAAUGAGCGAGCGGGUUACGCUGAAGCGGCGCACGAGGGUUUUAACGGAAGGACCGACUAGUGCUGGUAUCAAACCUACAACCUUCUACUCGCAACACCAUCUCUCCAGCCAAUAGACUGCUCUGCCUCCCUGAGUCCUCCCACUAAAAACAACCUGUAUCGCAUUUAUAGUAUGGAUAUCCGAACGUUUCACCUCGCUCAAAUUCAUAUUCACAACUUUCCACCGGGAGUGGGUUUAGCCUAAUUUGAUUUCAGAGCCCCCGAACACUUAAAAGAGUUGUAGCCUAAAUCUCGUCAGCUCUCAUGGGACUGAGGCAUUCGUCGCGUUGUUUGCUGCUACGGCGGAAGAUGGCGGAGGCGGACAGCUCAGAGAGGCAGCAGCCUGUAAUGUCCCCCAUUUCUCAGUCUGCUCAGCCCUCCCCACUGCCUAAACCAGUGCCUACUACCCACCAUGUGCCCUGCGUUCCCCAUACGCCUCAUGUAGCAGCACUGGCCACCUGUCCUGGUCGAGGCAAGAUUGCCAAGUUCAUCAGCCCCGAGGAAAUGACAUCACGGGACUACUACUUUGACUCUUAUGCUCACUUUGGCAUCCAUGAGGAGAUGCUGAAAGAUGAGGUGCGGACACUGACCUACAGGAAUGCCAUGUACCACAACAAGCACGUGUUCAAAGAUAAAAUAGUCCUGGAUGUCGGUAGCGGCACUGGAAUCCUCUCAAUGUUUGCUGCCAACGCCGGUGCCAAACAUGUGUACGGGAUUGAAUGCUCAAGUAUAUCUGAAUAUUCAGAGAAGAUUAUCAAGUCGAAUCACCUGCACAAUGUCAUUACCAUCUUCAAGGGCAAGGUGGAGGAGGUGGAGCUGCCCGUGGAGAAGGUGGACAUUAUAAUCUCAGAGUGGAUGGGCUACUGCCUUUUCUACGAAUCCAUGCUCAACACGGUCAUCUUUGCCAGGGACAAGUGGCUGAAACCUGGAGGCCUGAUGUUCCCUGACAGAGCAGCGCUCUACGUGGUAGCCAUUGAAGACCGGCAGUACAAGGACUUUAAGAUACAUUGGUGGGAAAACGUAUAUGGGUUCGACAUGAGUUGCAUUCGCAAUGUGGCCAUCAAAGAGCCUCUGGUAGAUGUGGUAGAUCCCAAGCAAGUGGUGACGAACGCCUGCCUUCUGAAGGAAGUGGACAUCUACACUGUGAAACCAGAGGACCUGUCCUUCACCUCAGCCUUCUGUCUGCAGAUUCAGCGCAAUGAUUAUGUCCAUGCUCUGGUCACCUAUUUCACCAUUGAGUUCACCAAAUGUCACAAGAAGACUGGUUUCUCCACUGCUCCAGAUGCCCCAAGCACACACUGGAAACAGACUGUGUUUUAUUUAGAGGACUACCUAACUGUCAAGAAGGGAGAGGAGAUCUUUGGCAGUCUUGCUGUCAGGCCCAACGAGAAGAAUGUGCGUGACCUGGAGUUCACCCUUGAGCUAGAUUUUAAAGGACAGCUAUGCGAGGCUGCCAUUUCCCACGACUACAAAAUGCGUUAGGAACAACAGACCAAGCCGUGCCGCAGACCUAGCCUCAGCCCCUCUGGUCAGCGAGGGGGAGGGCACAGGCUCUCCAAUAAGCAUUCCAGUUUGCCAGGGAGGGCAUCUGGGCGCAUCUGAUUGGAUGCCAUCAAGCCAGCAUCUAGGUGAUGUCAUCACAAUAGGCACGUAUCUAUCAGCAAUAGUGCCAUCAUGUGUACCAACUUGAUUGACUCGGGCACCUCAUUGAAUGUAUCAUCCUACUUGAUUUUUUGGUCUGUUUCUGAGAAUUAUUUUGAUUGAUGUAUGAAAUGAAAAUCAUUUAUUUAUUUAUUAUUAUUAUUACAAUGAAUGGAAAACGAUUAACUUGUGUGAUGUUAAGAGGAUUAUAGCACAGUCAUUAACUGUUUUACCUUUAGUAACAUUUAUUACAUAUUGUAUAAUUGUAUAGAGAGUACAGUAAUUCAUUGCUUUAU